UACAUCAUAAUAGCACAACACUUUGCAUUCCUAUUAAAGGACAAGACAUUCUGCUAUCAACUAUUACUGAUAUUAAAUGUCGUGUUAGUGCAAUUAAAUAAGAGAAAAAAAGCAUACAACGAGUAGGCUUUUUUGGCAGAUACUGUUACAUGGGAUGGACAGGAGGGGAAGACAUGAUAAUCAACUGAAAUGAAAUACAUAAAAAAUCAGUAAAGAGCCUGCUUACGAAAUGGUCGAAAAACAAUAGCUGGGCGGGGCCGCAGGGUGGUGCACGUGAAUACGUGGGCAUGUGCGUGUGUACGUGGGCACGUGCACGUGCUUUUGGGGCCGACAGACGCGUCAGUUGCCUAGGCGCAUGCGUCUAGCUAUCCCAGAAGCACCUGCGUCUUCCGGCUCGUGCUUUCCUCAGGCUCGCGCCUUCCUCAGACUCGUGCAUUCCUCAGACUCGCGCCUUUCUCUGCAGCUCGCGCCGUUCUCUGCAGCUCGCGCCUUUGUCUGCAGCUCGCCCCUUUCUCUGCAGCUCGCCCCUUUCUCUGCAGCUCCCGCCUCACUCCCCUCAGCGUUCUUUUUCCCACGGUCUUCCAGUUGCUGCUGACCUAACUAACUCUCAGCCAUGGCCUCCAACGAAGAUUUCUGCAUCACACAAGACCUGGAUAUCCCGGCAGAUAUUGUGGAGCUCCACGACAUCAAUGUGGAGCCCCUUCCUAUGGAGGACAUUCCGACGGAAAGCAUCCAGUACGAGGAUGUCAAUGGCAGUUGGAUCUACGGUGGCCACAACUAUCCGCCUCUGAUCGUGGUGCAGCCGCUCUUCACGAACACGGCCUAUGGCGACCACAACCAGGAAAUGCUUAUGGUGCAGACACAAGAGGAAGUGGUGGGCUAUUGCGGCUCAGACAACCAGCUAGGCAACGACUUGGAGGACCAGUUGGCCAUCCCGGAUAGCACUGAAGACGAGCGCUUCCAGCUGACCCUGGCCUCUCUGUCGGCCUCGGCGGCAUCAACAUCAACCCAGAGCCGCAGCAAAAAGCCCAGCAGCAAGAGUGCCACCAGCACUGAGGCCAACCCGGCAGGCAGCAGCUCCAACGAGGGCACGAGGAAGUGGGAGCAGAAGCAAGUGCAGGUCAAAACGCUGGAGGGUGAGUUUUCCGUGACUAUGUGGUCCCCUAACGGUAACAAUGACCAAGGGGCAGUGGGUGAAGGCCAGGCUGAAAACACACCUGAUUAUUCCGAGUACUUGAAAGGGAAGAAACUUCCUCCUGAGGGGUUACCAGGCAUUGAUCUCUCAGAUCCUAAACAGCUGGCAGAAUUUACUAAAGUGAAGCCCAAAAGGUCCAAAGGAGAACCUCCCAAAACAGUCCCUUGCUCUCAUAGCGGCUGCGAAAAGAUGUUCAGGGAUUACUCCGCCAUGAGAAAACAUCUCCACAUCCACGGGCCCAGAGUCCACGUAUGUGCAGAAUGUGGCAAAGCUUUUCUUGAGAGCUCAAAGCUGAAACGACACCAGCUGGUCCACACCGGCGAGAAGCCCUUUCAGUGCACAUUCGAAGGCUGCGGGAAACGCUUUUCCCUUGAUUUCAAUUUGCGCACACACUUGCGCAUCCACACCGGCGAUAAGCCCUUCGUGUGCCCCUUCGAUAUUUGCAACAGGAGGUUCGCUCAGUCAACCAACCUGAAAACCCACAUAUUAACGCAUGUGAAGAACAAAAACAGCCCGUGAAAAGGAGAAGACCCCUCUCAGACUUGGGAAUUAUCUUCCAGGACUGCGGUAGGGAAUAAAUAUGCCUCUCAAAGCUUUGUAUGUUGUUUCUAAGAGUUUUAAAAAAAUGAAUCCUGCACAUCUAAGGUUCGUGUUUUGUUAGAGUAGUAAAAAUACAAUUUAAACGUUUUUAAAAAGGUAAACCUUGACAUAAGAUAAUAGUGCUAAGAUGCCAUAGCUUGUUCUGUAACUGUUUUUGUAAAGUUUGGUCCCAACAGGAGAAAAAUUCGUAGACUUCACAUCAAGAGACGGUUCUUACAAACUGUUUAAAAUGGGACUUUUCACAUUCUUAGAAGUAGGAAAUUCAUUUAUUGUUUACAGUGUUUUUAAAAAACUUGUUAAAAAUUCAAAAUGUUCAUGUUUAUACUUUUAGGAAUAUGCUUAAUAAGUCCAUGUAUGGUUUUUCUGGAGGUUGAUAACUUUGGGAAAGAUUUACUUUAAAAGAGUGAACAAUUAUAUGCAUACGUGAAGUAUUUUCCUGCUUAAGAAAGUUAUAUAGGUGUUAUUUGUUUUAAUCUUGGUUGUAUUCUUGGAUGUUAACACAUCUUGCAUUUUAGCUGUAUUAGGCCAUGUAGUAUUCAUAUUAGGUGAUUUAAUAGUACUAGUUUAAACCUAUUUUAGUCAUUUUAUUUUCCCCAAAAUACUACCAGAUGCUGUUUAGUGUAAUUCCUUUGCCUGUUCAGUUAAAGUAGUGCUUGCUUGUAGAAUAUAUUGUGUAUAUGUUGACUUUAACACUUAAGAAGUACAUCCUGUGUAAUAGAAAAAGUAAAAUACCUCUUCUAAAGAAGGAAAAAAGUAGUUUGCCUAUAUCAAUACAGAAGUUAGAACUAAAGAAAAGGGCGAGUGUGCUACUGGCAUCUGGUGAGUGGAGGGAGAUCAGGAAUGCCACUAAACAUCCUACAAUGCACAGACAGCCCCACGAAACACAUAAUUAUUUGGCUAAAAUGCCAAUAGUGUCAGGUGCAGGGGCUCACGCCUGUAAUCUCAACACUUCGGGAGGCCGAGGUGAGUGGAUCGCUUGAGCUCAGGAGUUGAACAUCAGCCUGGGCAACAUGGCAAAACCCGGUCUCUACCA